CUCGGUAAGCGCAGGAGCACAAGGUGUAGCUGUGUAGAUUUUUCAGUUUCUCUUCCCAAACCAAAGCCCGUAUCGUUUGCUUUGCUAGGAAGCUGGUUUCUUGCUGCGUUCUCUGGUAAAGCUCUCUCUUUCCUCCGUUUCCUACUUCCGAACCGCAAAAAUAUCUCAUCUUUGAGCUGCGGGAUCCUUGAUCUGAGCUCAGUGAACGCAUCAGACAUGAAAAGCGUCAGUCUUGGAGUGAUUUUCCUUUUCUCCUCCCUUUUCCUGCUCGGCGAAUCCGGCUCUUCGUCGUUGAACGACGAUAUCCUCGGCCUCAUCGUCUUCAAGUCCGGCCUCGAAGACCCCCAGUCAAAGCUCUCGUCUUGGAGCGAGGACGACGAGAGCCCCUGCAACUGGGACGGCGUCCGAUGCGGCCCGAAGUCGAACCGCGUCACCGAGCUCAACCUCGACGGGUUCGGCCUCUCCGGCAGGCUCGGUCGCGGACUACUCUGGCUUCAGUUCCUCCAGACGCUGUCGCUUUCCGACAAUAACUUCUCUGGUAGCCUUAGCGCUGAUUUCCUCCGCCUCGAGAGCCUCCAAUCGCUGGAUCUCAGCGCCAACAAUCUCUCCGGCGCGAUCCCUGACGGGUUCUUUGGGCAAUGUGGGUCCAUUCGCGACAUCUCCCUGGCGAAAAAUUCCAUCUUGGGGAAGAUUCCGGCCGACGUCGGCGCCUGCUCCACCCUGUCAGCGCUCAACCUGUCGGCGAACCAGCUCUCUGGCUCUUUGCCCAGUCAAAUUUGGUCUUUGAAUGCGUUGAGGUCGCUCGACCUCUCGUACAACUCUCUGGAUGGCGAGAUUCCCGCUGGAAUUAGUAAAAUGCUCAAUCUGAGGGCUAUCAGUUUGAGAGGCAACAAGCUCAUCGGCAGGUUGCCAAACGAUACCGGAGACUGCUUACUGUUGAACUCCAUAGAUGUAGGAGAGAACCAGCUUUCUGGAGACCUCCCUGAAUCCAUGAGCAAACUCUCGACUUGUUCCUACGUGAGCUUGAGUUCAAACUCUUUCUCUGGGGAAGUUCCAGCAUGGAUUGGACAAAUGAGCAGUCUUGAAACCCUAGAUUUGUCCGGGAACCAGUUUUCCGGCUCAGUUCCAAGCUCAUUGAGUAAUCUCCAACACCUGAAAGUGUUGAGGCUUUCUGAAAAUAGCUUCAACGGCACCAUGCCAGAUUCUCUGGCUGCCUGUAGGAGCUUGCUGGAAGUGGAUUUUAGUCGGAACUCAUUGACGGGGAAUCUUCCGGCAUGGGUCUUCGAAUCAGGAUUUGAGCAAGUUCUGUUAUCAGGGAAUAAACUCACUGGACCCAUCGAGUUUCCUCCAGUUACAGACUCAACUCUCCAGAAUUUGGAUUUGUCUAACAAUGAUUUCUUCAGCAAAUUUCCAAAGGAAGUUUCGAAUCUUAGAAGCUUAACAUUCCUUAAUCUAUCUUACAACUCACUAUAUGGUUCCAUACCAGCAAGUUUGGGUGAGCCGAAAUCUCUCCAAGUUGUAGAUGUUAGCGGAAACAGGUUAAGUGGAAAGAUCCCCGAAGAAAUUGGCCUGGUAACACUCCUCAAGGAGCUGAGGUUGAAGAAGAAUUCUCUCACUGGAGAAAUUCCAACUCAAAUAGGAACUUGCUCUUCACUUUCAUAUUUAGAUCUUUCUCAAAACAAUCUUACUGGUGCUAUUCCUGAAGCAUUGGCUGCUCUCACCGAUCUCCAAGUUGUUGAUUUAUCCCUCAAUCAACUCUCAGGAGCCAUUCCUAAGCAACUCUCCAAUCUCCCCCACCUCCUUUCCUUCAACAUCUCCCACAACCAACUCUCCGGAGAACUUCCCGCCGGAAGUUUCUUCAACAAAAUCACUCCCUCCUCUGUAUCAGACAACCCGGGACUUUGUGGCUCAGUUGUCAACAUCUCUUGCCCUGCAGUCCUCCCAAAGCCCAUUGUACUUAACCCCAACUCCUCGUCGCCAGACUCAGCAUCCAACAUGUUUUCGCCGGGCAACCACAGCCACAAGAAGAUUGUUUUAAGUAUCUCGGCUCUUGUUUCCAUUGGAGCUGCUGCUGUGAUCGCAAUAGGUAUCAUUACAGUUACCGUUUUGAAUCUCCGUGUUCGUGCUACUACCUCCAACUCCGCAGCAGAAUUAGCUCUCUCCGAUGAAUAUCUUAGCCAUUCUCCUGCCACUGAUACUAACUCUGGUAAGCUUGUCAUGUUUGCUGGUGGUGAUCCUGAAUUCAGUGUUGGCGCCCAUGCUGUGCUGAAUAAGGACUGUGAGCUUGGCCGUGGAGGUUUCGGUUCUGUUUAUAAGACAAUCCUCAGAGAUGGUCGAUCUGUGGCAAUAAAGAAGCUUACAGUCUCAAGUUUAGUGAAGUCACAAGAAGAUUUUGAGAUGGAGGUCAAAAGGCUAGGGAAAGUGAAACAUCCAAAUCUUGUGGCCCUUGAAGGCUACUACUGGACUCCUUCACUUCAACUUCUUAUAUAUGAGUUCGUAUCCGGUGGCAGUCUUCACAGACAUCUCCAUGAGUGCUCUACCUCAAACACCCUAUCGUGGCAAGAGCGUUUUGAUAUAAUUCUUGGCAUUGCAAGAAGUUUAUCAUAUCUCCAUCGGCUCAAAAUAAUACACUACAACCUAAAAUCGAGCAACAUUCUCCUUGAUGGUGCUGGUGAGGCAAAGGUAGGGGACUAUGGAUUAGCAAAGCUACUGCCAAUGCUGGAUAGGUAUGUGCUUAGUAGCAAGAUACAGAGUGCCCUCGGUUAUAUGGCACCAGAAUUUGCUUGUCGUACAGCGAAGAUCACCGAGAAAUGCGAUGUGUAUGGAUUUGGAGUGCUAGUGCUUGAGAUACUGACAGGAAAGAGGCCAGUGGAGUAUAUGGAGGAUGAUGUGGUGCUGCUUUGUGACAGGGUGAGGGAGGCAUUGGAGGAUGGAAGGGUGGAGGAAUGCAUCGAUGAAAGACUUUGCGGGAAGUUCCCUGUCGAAGAGACUCUUCCGGUGGCAAAAUUGGGACUGAUAUGCACCUCUCCGGUACCAUCUAGCAGACCCGAUAUGGUUGAAGUAGUGAACAUAUUAGAGAUGAUCAGAUGCCCUCAGGAUAAUCAGGAAGAGGAGCUUUCUUGAUGGUUUAAUCCAGAAUCCAUUCUUACAUAAAUGAGUUUCGUUAGAUACUUAAAACGAUGAACUAGCAUGGUAGAUGGAUUUGGUUUGCAAGAAAUGGGAGUGCAAAAAAGAAGGCCUAGCUGUUAGAGGGAUAGCUUAACUAACAACCUGCCUGCAAGAAAUCUAUGUGAAAGUUAAAUCGAUGUUUCGCAUUUCCUUAUAUCACUAGUAUUAGUGUGCUGCUGCAAGGUAGAUUACAUUCACUAGGUUCUUAUAUGCAUAACCUUCUGAAGUUGCGUUUUACCUUUCAUGCUUCUUCGCUUUCAUGUCAUUUACUGAUAUGCUAUGUUUCUUAGAAGCAGGCUGGGUAAAAAGACAAUCUGCAACUCUCUUAUGUCAGUGUGUUUUGAAUGUAAUUUUAAGCGUCUUUUCUAGAUUCCAGGCUUCAAAAUCUUUCUAUGCAUGAUAUUCCUACUACAAAACUAUAAUUAUUUAGUCACUUUUAACAAUUUUACAGUUCUCUCAUCCUUAUGGUUUGUAAUGUAUUCUUAGUUUUCUAUUGUAAUAAUUCUACAGAUCUCUAA